AGUAUGAACAAAAAGAUUGACCAGUUACUCGUCUGCUUUGUGGUAAGUGAGUAAACCGAUCAUGGGGACCAACGCGGCAUGAGAACGGGCGCCGAUUCCGUUCUCGUCGGAUGGAUCAGCGAAAAAGCUGGAUCUCGGUCGGCGGCGCCUUCUGGACUCACUGGCCGGCCAUGAUCGUGUCGCCCGGGGGGGAUCGGAGGCCGGGGUAGUCAUGCACGGGCCCCGGACUGCGCCUCCCCCGCCCGCGGGAAGACCGGGAUUUGCCCGGCACUUUCCGCUUCCCCACACGUCAACUGAAGCAAACCCGCGACCCGAAUCGGCAUAUGCUCCGCUGCCGAUCCUUGACUACAACCGACGUCUGAGGUCUCCCCCGCCUGCCACCGUUUCGCGGUUUGAGGUGCGAAAAGGGGGAGGGAGGGGCACAUUCCCACCGCUACCGAUCUUUGGCUUGACCCAUGAGGGGAAAGGGGCUCUGCGCUGGUACCGGUAUUGUUAUUCAUGCCUCGGUAGAUGGUUCCGCCCUUCGGUUAGUCUCGACCGGCGGUGCGUUCAUGCAGCGUAUUCGUCGGCCCCCCAGAGGUCGGUGGAGUUCUCCCCCCUACGUGCCCCGGUUCGGCUACCCGGCUUGCAUUUUUCGCUCGAGUGGAGGAUGGCCUUGAAUGGGAAGCGUGCUCCGUUGUUCCUCCGGCAUGACGAGACCACGCAUCCAAAUCCAUCUCACACCCGUUCAAUCGUCAUCUUUCGCACCUCACCUAUUGCCGGCACGAAUUCCCACUAGCAAAAAACAAUCGCAAACAUGACCAUCACCAGAGUCGGGCUCAUCGCUCUCGCCGACGACGUCAAGCGGGACGAGGCCAUCACGAGGUUCAGCAACUUUGCCAACGAUUGCAAGAAGGAAGACGGACAGACGUACAUCGUCGCUUCCAAGGCGAGCAAGUGCCAGGUCCUGACGGACGUUCCGGGCUCGCAGCCGUGGACUGUGGUUUACGAGAUUACGUU